AUGUUCAGAGUUUUUACAGACGUUAAAAAGGGCAAAUAUCAACGCACUCAAGUUGGAGGUGAUGUGCAAGGAGGAAAUAGGGGUGAACGAUUGGAUACAUCCAAAAUUGAAGGAGAAGUGAUUGAAUCCGAUGAUAACGCGAUAGUACUCGAAGAGGUACCAAUUGUGACACCGAAUGGAGAUGUAGUCGUGAGAAACAUGUCUUUAGAGAUCAGGCCCGGAAUGCAUGUGCUGAUCACCGGCCCGAACGGCUGUGGAAAAAGCUCUUUGUUUCGAUUAUUAGGAGGACUUUGGCCGGUAUAUCGAGGAAAGGUGAAGCGACCGUUCGUAGAUCGAAUGUACUACAUUCCACAGCGACCUUACAUGACCCUCGGUACAUUGCGAGAUCAGGUUAUCUAUCCAGACACUGUAGCCCAGAUGGAGGCCAAAGGGUUGAGCGACACAGAUUUGGCGAUUAUUCUGAAUGUGGUCCACCUUUCCCACAUCGUGGAAAGGGAAGGAGGUGAGUAA